GUCGGUAUUAUAUCAUCUGCUUGCACAUCAUGUUUUGUAUUUUAUAACAGAGAAAGUUUUACGGACAAUCACAUGAAUUUGGAAUUUUAAUGUAUGAUUUUAUUGCAAUGCUUUAAAUAUACUGCAGGAUAUUAACAUUUUAUGUACUAUUAUCGACCAUCCUGUUGAAUGCAUGCAUUUGUGCGCUAUCGGUAAAAUGAAACAUUGUUGAUGUUUACGCGUCCGGCUUCAAUGAUGUUGCUUGAAAUAUCUCCCGAAACAUUGCAAAUGUAAAUUAAACGUACAAUAUAUCUUUCAUCAUGUUCCUUGACGCAACAUAAUAUUGCGAAACAUAAAUCAUUCUAGCGAUAAAAUGCUCGAUACAGAACACGAUGAUGCUCGGAAACAAAGCAGCGAGCGGGAUACGUUGCUCGAAGAACAAUAUGAAAUUGUGGAGGACCUCAAACGAGAUUUGCACUUAUGCAAGGUAUACCAUUUGUACAAAUUAAAACAUUGUAUAUAUACACCUAAAAAUAUUUGUUAUAUAUCCACUUUCCAGACAGAACAAUACAAUAUGCGAGUUGAAUUAGAAAUUCUGCGAAAUGAGAAUCAAAAGGUUACCGAUAUAAAAGAAUCCCUGAAUCGUAUUCAUUUAGAAGAAUGUGAUGACGAAGAUGCACAUAAAAAGGAAAUAAAAAAUUUACAAGAACGUAUUAAGCUGUUAGAAACAGAAAAAGAUUCAGCUUUGCAACUAUGGCAUAUUUCCCUGGAUACUGUAAGUGCCUUAGAAGAUCAAUUAAAAGGAUUUCAUGUGUACGGGAAAGGGACAAAAUUUCAUCAAGAACAAACAAAUGCUAUUAAGGAAAGUUACUCGGAAGCUAUUAGAAUGUUAGAGGAAAAACUUGCGUUGGCCAAAGAUAAUUUUAUCAAACAUCAAACACUGUAUGAAAGUAGUAAAGAAAAAAUUAGCAGUUUGACUAAUGAAAAGGAUAAACUUUUGGAAAAAUAUAAAGAUCUUGAAAUGAGCGCCCAUGAUAAAGACAGGAAUAACCAGCUGACGAUAGAAACGUUAAAACAGGAAUUAGCUUAUGCCAAAACAGAAACCAAUAAAAUGGUACAAGCAAAAUUAGAAUUAGAAAAACAGUUGAAUGAAGUUAAAACAUAUGCUGCAAACGUAAUGGAAAGAGACAAGGAAACAAAGACUAAGAUGGGAGAAGUUAUUGAAUUGAUAGAAUCUGCAGUUAGAGAAAAGGAUUUGGUGCUUCGUCGUGAAACUCUUGUAUUGGAGGAAAAAGCCAGAUUAGAACAGAGACUAAAUGUAAUAGGUAAUGAAUAUGAUGUAAAAAUACAAGAGUUGAAUAAAAAAACAAGAGAUGAGAUUGAGUUAAAUACGAAAAGGUAUCUAACAGAGAUCAAUGAACUUAAGGCAGAACUAAAGGCAAAAAUAACAGUAGCAGAAAAAGCUCAGAGAGAAUUGAAAUUUACUGAAGAAGAAUCAAACAAAAUACGUAGAGAUUUAAAUGUGAAAGUAUUAGAAUAUGAACAAAAAGCCAAACGUAUGGAACUUCAGUUACAAGUAUACGAUGAAACAAUAGCUAAAAAUAAAUAUGAUAUGGAAAUUAAGCAAUUAAGAGAAAAAAUUAUUGUUCUUGAGAGUAAGCUGGGUACUUCAAAUGAUAAAUUACAGAAGUUAGAGGAACAGCAAACUAGUAACAUACAAGAUCAGAUGAAUAAAGCUGAUCAUAAAAAUAAAGAUAUAAUGAAACAAUAUUCGGAUUUAGAGAAUCAAUUAGCUAAAACAUUAGGUGAUAAAGAAAAUCUUGUAUUGCAAUUAAAGUCAUUGAAACAUGAUUUUGAGUAUGAAAUACAGAAAAGAGAUAAUGAAAGGCACUCUCUUGAAAAUAAAAUUCAAGAACUUGAAGUUAAUCUUCAUAAAGCAACUUGUAUAAAGGAAAAUAAAUUUAGAGAUGACAUUACUGAUGGAAUAAAUCCAUAUGUCAAAAAUAAGCCUAGCUUUGAUAUUACAGUUGAAAACAAAUGUCAUUGUUGUCAGUCUGCAUUAUCAGAUUAUAUGAAUAAAUUGCAAGAGAAAUUUGAUAGAAAAACAAAGGAGUUAAUCAAUCACGUUCAAGUUCACCAAAAAUUAAGUAAAAAAUGGAGGGAUGAAGCAAAAUCUUUGACAGUUAAAUUUCAAGGGAAAUCUAAAGAACUCAGGGGAAAGAUAAAUUUCUUACAGAAGGAAAAUAACGAAUUAAAUAGAGAAUUAUUAACUUGCAAACAACAAUUGGCACAACAUGCAAUUGAGGAUAUACAGAAGUCUGUAUUUACUGUAUUCAUGUAAUAUAAGAUAUUUUGGACUAACUAUGGAUAUUUUGUUUUAGAUUUAAUGAACCAAAUGAAAUUAGGUGAUAUUUUUCUGCAUCUACAAGAACUUUAUAAUGGAUGUUUCAUCAUGUACAUAUUACAGGAAUAUGUAAAUUUAUUCACAAUAAAAAUACAUUUUAUGCUA